CACAACAGUCCAAGCCCGCCGUCCUGCCAGUGAACGAUACAGCGAGGAAGCGCAGCCGAGCGCACCUGGGGAGUAACGCCUGAGCUUUCGCCGCGCCAUGUUUCAGCCCGCCGAGCACUCCCAGGAGUGGGCCAUGGAGGGCCCCCGGGAUGGGCUGAAGAAGGAGCGGCUGCUGGACGACCGCCACGACAGCGGCCUGGAUUCCAUGAAGGACGAGGAGUAUGAGCAGAUGGUGAAGGAGCUGCGCGAGAUCCGCCUCGAGUCGCAAGAGCCGCUUUGCGGCGCCGAGCCUUGGAAGCAGCAACUCACCGAGGACGGAGACUCAUUCCUGCACUUGGCCAUCAUCCAUGAAGAGAAGGCACUGACCAUGGAAGUGAUCCGCCAAGUGAAGGGAGACCUGGCCUUCCUCAACUUCCAGAACAACCUGCAGCAGACUCCACUGCACUUGGCUGUGAUCACCAACCAGCCAGAAAUUGCUCAGGUUCUUCUGGGAGCUGGCUGUGAUCCUGAGCUUCGGGACUUUCGAGGAAACACCCCCCUACACCUUGCCUGUGAGCAGGGCUGCCUGGCUAGUGUGGGAGUCUUAACACAGACCUCCCCAACCCAGCACCUUCACUCCAUCCUACAGGCCACCAACUAUAAUGGUCACACGUGUCUGCACUUGGCUUCUAUCCAUGGCUAUCUGGGCAUUGUGGAGCUCUUGGUGUCUUUGGGUGCUGACGUCAAUGCUCAGGAGCCUUGUAAUGGCCGGACUGCCCUCCACCUCGCAGUGGACCUGCAGAAUCCUGACCUGGUGUCACUCUUGUUGAAAUGUGGCGCUGAUGUAAACAAAGUCACCUACCAGGGCUACUCUGCGUACCAGCUCACCUGGGGCCGCCCAAGCACUCGGAUACAGCAGCAGCUGGGUCAGCUGACCCCAGAAAACCUGCAGAGGCUGCCUGAGAGUGAGGAUGAGGAGAGCUAUGACACGGAGUCAGAGUUCACUGAGGAUGAGCUGCCCUAUGAUGACUGUGUGCUUGGAGGCCAGCGCCUGGCAUUAUGAACAGAAAGUAUCUAAAGAAACAUGGAC